UGUUGAUUUUCAGUACAUUGAUAUGCUCAAAGCGGGCCGGAACGUUACCAUCAGUGCACGUACGGGUACAUACAUACAUACUUGUAUCUACUACAAGGAGAACGAGAACACAAAUACGUAUCGCAGAGGCUAAACUCUAAACGCAUCAAGUUUAAUCAAUUUACAACCGAACAAUAGCAAAACAAAAACAAAAACAUGACCUUUGAAUACAGUAAAGACGUUGUGGAAAUACCAAAAUAUUUGGAUUUGGAUUUCUUUGAAGAUGUUGUUGAGAACGCUCUGUACGAGACGAAUGUGAAAGUGUUGAAAGUUCAUUUCAUGAUGGGCAGUGCUGUGGGCGAGAAUUUCUUAAGUAUUCUCUAUCGAAUCAAAGUGCAUUACGAGUUGUUAGACACGGGCGAGCGAGGUGAAUUGUCGACGUUUGUCAAAUGCUUACCUGUUCGAAAGGGUCUGGACUUUUUGGAGGAACUCAAAGUAUUUGGCAAAGAGAAAAAAACCUUUCUUGACAUAUUACCAAAGUUAGGUUUGUUUCAAGAGCCAGACGCGCCCUUCGCUGGACGGCUUUAUCACUUUAUGAAACGGCCCGUAAAUUGCUUGGCCUUAGAAGACCUGAACACGCGUGGCUAUCGUAUGGCUGCGCAGGAAGUUGGUUUCGAUGAAAAGCAUUCGCGGCUGGUUAUGAAGCGUAUAGGACAAUUUCACGCGAUCUCUAUGCAUCUGGCUAGAAAGGAUCCAAACAUACAAAAGGAAUACCGCGAUGGCUUGCUAGCCCGCCAUGCUUUGAAGCCGGACGGAUUCCCCUACGCGUUUUUCAGUGGAAACGCAAAUGCACUGCUACAGCUCAUCUCUAAGUGGCCUGAUUACUCGAAAAUUGCUGAUAAAUUACGAGCAUACAUAAAAAAUAUAGUCGACAAUCUAGUGCGAUCGCAAAUUCCGCAACCACAAGAUCUCGUUAGAGUACUAAAUCAUGGCGAUCUUUGGUUCAAUAAUGUGCUCUUCAAAUACGACGGAGAGCAAAAGGCACAAAAUUGUAUUUUUAUUGAUUACCAAAUGAGUGUCUGGACUAGUCCCGGUAUCGACUUGAAUUAUUUCCUUUAUACCAGCGUUAGCUUGGAUGUGUUGAAGACGAAACGUGAAGAGUUGCUUAAAGAGUACUAUGGUAGCUUCCACGCCAAACUCGUUGAGUUGAAUUACGAACCAAUACCGAGCUAUGAAGAUAUUUGUACUGAAGUACGAUGUCGGGCGAGUUAUGGGUUCUUCGCCAAUUAUUGCGUCUUUCCGAUAUGUACACAGGACAAAACUCAAUCAGGCGAUAGCUCUUUGGAUAACUUCACUGGUGAUGAUUUUGCCGCCAAAAAACUAGAGCAAAUAUACUCUUCGAAGCGCUUGGCCGAGACGCUACGAUAUACACUAAAGGAAUUCGACCGAAUGGGCAUUUGGGAUUGAGGGGCUUUCAAACAACUGUACAUUACAUAUAGUGUUUGUAUUACCUUAUUUAAAGUAUUACUUAAUGUUGAUAAAAAUAAAAUGCAUAUCUAAGCUCAA